AUGGAGGGCCCCGGCGGCGGUCUGGGUCCCCGGGAGCCGCCCGACGCCGCAUGCCCGGCGCUGCGGAGCCUGCCGCCCGGGCUGGCGCUGGGGCCGUCGCUGUCCCGGGAGCGGGGUACGGGUGUGUGGUGCGUGGGCCGGGCCCUGCAGGCCGGAACGCUGCUGGGGCCGCCCGGCGAGGCCCGGGAGGAGGCGGCGGGGCCGGGCUGGAGGAGCCUGGUGCAGCGGAGCCCGAAGGAGGCGGAGGCCAACGUGUGGCUGGGCUGGGCGGGCGGCCGGCUGCAGCUGCGGGCGCGGCGGCCCAUCGCGGCGGGCGCGGAGCUGCUCUACUGGCCGGAGGAGGCCCGUGGGGCCGCGGCGGAGGAGCGGCGGCCGGACGGAGGCGAGGGGAUCGCGGCGCCGCGGGAGGCCGGGCCCAGGGGGAGGCCGGCGGUGCGGGGGGACGGGGCCUCUCCCGGCGGGACGGCGGCGGAGCCCCGCGCAGGGGAUCCCAGUGUCUCCAAGGUGGUAGCUGAUGAAUCCGCAGUCCUUGAUGUCCCUACUGAGGUUAGGAGGCUGGUCACCAAGCAUUUCCAUGGGCUGCAAGAAGAGGAAAGCACAACUUCUGAACUUGAGCCAUGGCAAGUCAAGGUGCCGAGGACUGAGAAUCAGCACCUUGAGGCCAUCUCAAUCGUUAAGGCCAAUGGCAGGUGCAAGGAAGAAUUGUAUGAGGGUGUGGAUCCUAGAUCUGCCACAGAAAAAGUCAAGAUGGGGCAUAAAGAGGCACGUCCAGAAGACCUGGAUCUGUCAUCACCCUCGAAUGGGGUUCAACUCAGUGCUCCCUUGGCUGGCAAGCCGAGCAAGGUGCAUGCUCUGGCCAGCCAGCUCCACAAGUGCCUGCAGGACUGUGGUGGCGGGAUAGCUGGGCAGGAACCCCAGCAGCCCAGUCCUUCUGAAGGAGAGAGUGUAGAAACUUGUGAGAAAGAGAGCAAAGUUUCCAAAGACUCCAAACCAGCAUCCCCAGCGCACGGGGAAAAGGGCACACUGGAGGGGCCUGAGGAGCAGGAGGAGUAUACGGAGCUAGUGGAGGGUCAUUUAGUCAGCCCACGCCCCCCACCAAAAGCUCUGUCCCAGAAGGAGAUGAUCAAGCGCAGGUACCGCUGCGGUGAGUGUGGCAAAGCCUUCCUGCAGCUCUGCCACCUCAAGAAGCACCGCUUUGUCCAUGCUGGCCACAAGCCCUUCCUGUGCACAGAGUGUGGCAAGAGCUAUAGUUCAGAGGAGAGCUUCAAGGCCCACGUGUUUGCCCACCGGGGUAUGAGGCCUUUCCAGUGCACCCAGUGCAACAAGGCUUACCGCACCAAGCGAGACUUGCAGGAGCACCAAGUGCUGCACACUGGCCAGCGCCCCUUCUCCUGCGAGCAGUGUGGCAAGGCCUUUGCGCGCCGUCCCUCUCUCCGCAUUCACAGGAAGAUCCACCUGGCCACUGGGACUGGCCCAGCUGGUCCCAAGGGAUGCCAGUGUGCCAUAUGUGGACGCCACCUGGCCAACCCUGGCUCCUUGCGUAACCACAUGCGCCUGCACACGGGAGAGCGCCCUUACGCCUGUCCUUACUGCGGCAAGGACUUCCGACAGCAGAGCAACCUGCGCGAGCACCUCCGGCUGCACACAGGUGAGAAGCCCUACAAGUGCCGCUUCUGCGGCGACGCCUUCCCCAAGCUGCCGGAGCUGCGGCGACAUCUCAUCUCCCACACGGGUGAGGCCCACCUAUGCACCGUCUGCGGCAAAGCGCUGCGGGACCCCCAUACGCUGCGUGCCCACGAGCGCUUGCACACUGGCGAGCGCCCUUUCCGCUGUGAGCAGUGCGGCAAGUCCUACACCCUGGCCACGAAGCUGCGGCGCCACCAGAAAUCCCAUCUGGCUGACAAGCCCUAUAAGUGCGAGCUCUGUGGCAUGGGCUACACCCUUCCCCAGAGCCUUGCGCGCCAUGUGUUCACCCACAAGCCAGAAAAGGACCCCAAGGAACUCAGCACUGCAGUGGCCUCGCUUGCUGUGGACCUACCCCAGGCAGCAAGGAAAAGGCCUCAGAGGAAGGGCCACCAGGAGGAGGUUGUGGCAGAGCCUACCUUGCUCAUGGUGGAGGUGCCGGGGCCAGCAAAUGAAGCCAAGCUGCUGCUCACAGCCAGAAGUAACUGCAUUGCUACUUACCAGUCUCGAGGCACCCCCCCAGAUCCUGGAGCACACAGGAGGCCUGCUGGUCAUUUGCCAUCGGCAAAGGACAUCAUUGAAAUCACCAUCUGCGAGCAUGAGGACAAGUGCAUUAUAGUGCAGGACGAGGGCUCACCAAACAAUGUGGUCAUCAUCCAGGAGGGAGUGGGCUUCGGAGCAGUGGCAGAAGUGGUGGAGGUCGAGACUGGGACCUGACUAUCCCAGCCUACCCCUGCAGAUCUUCUGUACAUAUUAAAAUGGGAUAAAAAACCCUAGCUGUCUUGUCUCUCUGUGGCAACAAAGCCCUGUAGCUCAGCCCCAGGCAGAAUUAACAGUCUUGGAGGUAACUGCCUGUGUAGACCUGGGUCUUUUUGGAAGCCGCCCAUUGCAGGUAUAAGCCUACAUAUGUCACGUGCCGGGCCUGGUGCAGGGAAGGCAUUGGCUGUUGAUGGGAAUAACGUCUUGGAGAGAACACCCACUGCGUUAAUGAGCAGUACGUCUGCCUCUGUUACGCUGCCAGUGGGUGACAGUGCACUGUGGGGAAGGCAGGGAAGGUCUCAAAGCAGCAGCUUUGAACAAUGCCUUCCUUUCACGUUUUUCUUUCAAUUAAUUAAAUUGUUGCUAUUCAAGCACUUUCCUGGGUUUUUACGCUUGGAGCUCAGCAGCACUUCUGAUCCUUUGAAGGUGAUGCUAAUGUUAGACUUUGCUGGGAAGCAGCAUCCCAAGUGUUUACAAGGUGUCUCUGUUGUGGGUUAUUUGAAGAGCAUUUUUCACAAUUAGCAGAAGCAAAGUCCUGCCUUGGAGCUAGGGUUGAGUGUUCCUUCUCCACUGUCACCUGUUUUGCUUGCUGUCAGCUUCCUGGCCUUACGGUGGCUGGGUGGUCUGUCUGAUGACACAGAAGGAUAGCUUCGUGUCUCGUUGUGCCAAUUGCAUUGUACAGUGCAAUUUUCACUGUCCCCAGCCAAGAGGCUCCUCGCUUCUCCAGGUAAGGGCCCAAGAGUUCAUCUCGGUACGCUCAGAAGAUUCUGCCUUUCCCCUCCACAUUCAAGUUGGGUUCAUUAAUCUUGUUCUUUUUCUCGCCUUCUUGCUUACCCUCUUCCAAUUCUUUCCUGUUCCCUGCAGCAAAAAGCUCAAAUGCAGCACUACCACAGCUACACCCCAGUGUUUCCACUGCUCCAUCUUUAGUGCUCAUUUACCAACUGAGGCGUGAUGAAGGAAACCGGUCCCAUUUCAGGAAGGAAGGAAGUGCACAGUUCCCAAUGCCACGUUUAUGUGGCCUUAUGGGAAGAGACCAAAAAUCCCAGUCCACACAGAGGUCUUUCAGACUCGCCCACCUUGCACUCCCUUGUCACGUGUUAUACAAACGCUGCUUUCAUUUGCUGCAUCCUCAGUUUUAGCUGUUCUUGGUCUCCAUCCUGCCCCUUUCUAACAUCUGCAUUUCCCAAAAGAAGUUUUGUUUAAGGGCCUAAAUUCUUUGGGCACUGUGCCCCCUGCACAAGAGGAGGGUAUAGUGUCACCAGGGAAUCACCAGUAGCACAGUUCCUUUUUGGGGUGCUAUGAAUGCAGUAAUGUGACAAUCUGAGAAGCUGCUCUUUGUAGUUUCUACAUUCAAUUUUUUCCAUAAACUUUUACGACCAGUUUGUAGACAAGGUGCUCGAGUCAGAUCCGUGACAUUUUGAUGUGAAGUGAGGUUGGAAGGUGAAUUCAGCUGAUAAAUGUUUGGAUGUCCUUAUUUUUAGCUAUUUUCUUUAAAGUCAGGAGGCAGAUGAGCUCAGUCCUUGCCCUGGCUACUUGGAGAAGGACCAGCGGGAGCGCAGGCGUGGGAGGGGGGAAUUGUACAUGAAGCCGCAGUGCUUCCUACUGCACUCCCUUUGGUGCCCAUCCUAACUCUUGCAGUUUCCAAAUAUUGACACAGCUGCAAAGCGUUCUGGCUGGAGCUGGGCUUGCGUGCUGUGUUUGAAGCCUGUGCCCUCUGUCACAGCAGAAGCGGGAAAGAAGGGGAGCAACAUGGAGGGAGGGAAGGGGAGAAUCCAGGCCCCUAUGGCUUAAUCUGCUGACCUGUAACUACCUUCUUUAUUCUGAGAUAAUGGGACAGAAAACGUAGGAGCAAUUAUGAAUUAGGAGGUCCUCACAGAAGCGUUAUUCGCUUAACAGUUGAUCUGAGUAGGUAGAGGCACAUCUGUGCUGUGCUGCACGUAUCACUUGGCUAAACUUGGAUAAACUUAGCCAACUAAUCCUGACCGAGGAGCCCAUAGGUGGCUCCCACUGGGUACCUGGUGAUGAUGUCACCACCGUGUCUUUGUCUUAGAAGCAGCAUGUGCUUAAGUGAACAACCUUUUGCUUGACAGCAAAAUGAUGAAUAAAGUUGCUUACUCCUAAGAAAACCCUAUAAAAGCCCUGAUCACCACGAUGCUGCUGAACAUCAACAUGGGUGGGGUCUGUGCAGCGUGCCACGGCCUGACUAGGUAUGUGUAUGAUGCCGUCCAACUUGGUGUUCGCAGCACCUGAAGGGGUGUAGGAUCGUCUAAGGCUAUACCCUUUCUUGUGUUACAUCCAA